AUGCUUAAACGAACAAGAUCGACUUCGCCUUCAUGGGAAUACGCAAAAUCGUGUUCAAGGCAACCUCGAUCAUCAGUAGGGGGUGACCUGGAAGGAGAAGAGCAAGAUGUAGACAACAGAGUCCGUCAAAAGGCGAUGGAUCUGGAAAAGAAGACAAUAUCUGAUUUGUUCCCUUUACAAGAAAUCUUCCUUAGAAUACUAUCAUUCUUGCCUCCAAAUGAUUUAGCUAAAAUACAAGGUGUCAACAAGUAUUGGGGAAGAAUGAGCGUUGAUCCUCAGUUAUGGAAAAGGUUAUAUCUCGCGCGAUACCCUCAUCCACAUCAUUCAAGACUGAUCUACAGUCUACCUGUGUCUGAGAUAUAUACAACGAAGACAACGUCCCCGAGACCUCUACGUCCGAUAGCAAGAUUACCUUCAAGGGCAUUCCCACCUCCAUCACCUAAACGAUCACCAUCUUUAGCCGAAGGUCAACUCACCCCUGCAUCUCUUGGAAGGCCUCCUUUGAUAGGCAUGAGAGAAGCUGUGAGCCACGCGACGUCAUCUCAUUCAAAAGGAACAAUGGAGGUGGAUAGGGCGACAGAAGGGGAGCAAGAAGAAGUUGGUCAUGGUAUCAGAAAUGAUGGAGUGGAUUGGAAAUCAAUGUUGAAACUAGGAACCAAUUGGUCUAACGGUAACGCACUUUCUCAAUCAACAAUUCCAUUACCGCCAUCACCUUCACCUUCAAUCAGAAGUGAAACACCAUCAACAUUCAUACCUACCUUAUCUCUCUCUUCGCCAACAUCACAACAUCGAAAUGAUGGUGUAUCAGAACAGCACAUCGCACUUUCUCCUUCAUAUAUUUUCAUCUCAUCUCCUACUUCACCGCUUGUACAAGUUCACUCGUCAAGUACGUCUACGUCUAUGUCCACGUCCACACUUACGAGUAAUAUGCCAAUUGGUAUCAUUCCACCACCGCCAGGAUGGUCAAAUCCCAGAAGACCAGAUAACGUAACAUGUAUAGUGUCAGAUCAAUCUGUCAUCCCCACUAACGAUGAUGAAUCAAUAUCAAUAUCAAUAUCAUCAUCAAUGAUAGGUCAAAAUCAAUUACCAACUAGAAUUGGAAUAUUCUAUCAAUCUGGUGGAUUCGUUAUAUUGAUCAUUAGACCUUCAUCAAGUAAUGGUAUUUCAUGGAAAAGAGAAUUAAUCAAUCCACCUAAUAUCAGACCUAUAUCAAUUAAAAGAAGAUCAACAAUCCAUGAAUUAGUUCAAGGUGAUCCAGUAGUGUUAUCAACUUUGUAUUGGCCAUUAUUGAUUAGUUGUACGAGAGAUUUUCAUUUAUCGAUAUAUUCACUUUCCACCGUAUCGUCUUCUUCUUCUCCUUCUGGUCAAGAGGUCGGAGUAACACCGCGACCUAAACAUCUCCAAACGUUACGGAGUGAAGUGUCUUUUCAUCCAGCACAUCUAUCACUUUUCCCUUGUCCCGACGCGUCCGACGAGAACCAGUCCAACCGGAAUAUACGUAACGAUGUCACAGAAGAAUCGAGAUUUCGAGCAGCUUUGACAUAUUGCACCCCUCUAUAUCCUUCUUCGUGGACAAUAGCAGUACAAGAACUAUCCAUCGAUUUAUCGCCUUCGAUCUCCGUUUUCGAUAUGAUCAGAAGAGGAGAGACUUUCCAUGUAGGUCGUAAUGAUGAUGAUGAUGAAGAUGAGUUUGUCUGGCCAAGAAAGGUUAGACCUGUAGUCGGAGUGAAAGGCAAAGCAGUCGGUAUAGGUUCAGAUGGCAGAUGGUGUAUUCUAGCUGGACAGGAGAAUAAGAUACAGGUCUUCUCGUUACCUCACCACGAUGAUCAAGGUAUCUUCCAUUCUGCUCAUCGCAUGAAAAAGGAAUCUCACCAAUUCAUUACUCAUUCCCAAACAUUGCUGGCACAUUCGAGUGAUAUCACUUCAUUAGCACUGAAUUCAGGUAGAUGUGUAAGUUCAGCUAGAGAUGGAAGGAUUCUAGUCUGGGAAUUAGAUGAAGAAUAUACUUCGCCUCCCAAUGGAAGUGGGAAAGUAGGAAGGACGAUUGGUUAUGUCGAAGUCAAACCUGGAGGUAGAAGGUCAGGAUCUCAAUGGAGAGGUCCAACAGGUCCACGGAACGAAUUGGCUUCUAACAAUGAAGGUGAUUCUGAUGACAAGGAAGAACAGGCAUCAGGACUGCAAUUACAAUUACCUCAUCCUCAAGCAAUUUCUUCAGCUGCAAGAUCACUUUUCUUACCUAGACCACCUGUACAAGUUGAUUAUCAAGAUGAUAAACCUUCAAUAAGGUAUCUGACUUUUGAUGAAGAAAAAAUUGUGGGUCUCGUCAGAAAUCGUUCGGAUGCAAAUGGGGAGGAAGAUGAAACAAUGAAGGUUUGGAGUUUCAGUUAA